AUGAGUCUUGUAUCACACUGGCUGGGUAAAGAUGAGACAUACUGGUUGCCAACGCACGCCCUCGAGCCCUUGGAGAAGGCAACAAAGUACUUGUGCAUUUCCGCUAGUUGGGUCUCAGAUGAUUCAAGUCACCGUUCGGGCGAAAAGGAUCUUGGAGCUGGGAAUACGCCUGGGUCUAUGAGCAUCCAGUAUAUGGUCAUGCUGACGGGCGUCUGCGCGGCUGAUUCUGAGUAUUAG